AUGUUUUCAGAUGCUCUCAAGGAUCUUCCAAUCUGCGCUAACAUUUGCCGCGGCUAUGUGGUUGUGACUGUCGAUCACCCGUAUGAUGCCAAUAUUGUUGAGUUUCCAGACGGCAGAGUGAUUCAUGGGAGAGACUCCCCCGUGGAUAUUCCGGCGCGUGAAAUGGCCAGUCAGGUUAGGUCUGAGGACCUUUCUUUUGUGGUAUCACAAUUCCAAGAUGCUCCAUCACGAUCUCGCCUGAUAGACGGGUUGCCAGGAACAAUUGAUUUUAGUGGAAUUGUGGUCUGGGGACAUUCGCUUGGAGGAGCUGCUGCAGCCCAGAUGAUGUUACGCGAUGAUCGCAUUCAUGCAGGAGCAAAUCUUGAUGGUCGACUCUCCGAUCCUGUGCUCAGAACUGGACUGUCAAAACCGUUUCUACUUUUUGGAAAAACCAGCGGUGAAUGCAAAGGUCCAACUUGGACUCAAUUCUGGGAGGUUCUCCGUGACUUAAAGGUUGAGUUAACCAUUGCUGGAGCUACGCAUCAAUCAUUUAUCGACUACCCACUACUGGUCGAAGCCCUGCAUCUCCCAGGUCAUCACCGGUCUCUUCUUGAGCCGGCCAUUGGGCCUAUCGCAGGUAUCAAGAUGCAGAAAAUCCUUGCCGAUAUAUUGGAUGGAUUUUUUCAGCUAUGUGUUGAACCACAGCUCUGA